CUUGGUACGAAUGCCAUCAUCGACUCCAUCGUCUUGGUAGCCUAUACUGUGUUAUGCUUCCAUGUUACCAACUUCCCUGGCGAGCUUCCUCGUCCCAUUGCUCAACUUUCUGACCGUCCCUCUGGCGCCGUCGCCGCCCCUGCAGUUCCAGCUGCGCCACGUCCACGCAGUCUCGUCUUCAGCUCGGGUCGUUUUUGCCGACGUUCCAUCGAAUACCGAUACCAAGUCUCUACUCUCUUACGGUGGCAAUUCGUAUGAUCUAACAACCCGGAGAGUAAAGUCAUUUCGGCCUCCUACCUUUGAUGCGUUCUCUCAAGCUCGCGUGCGCUCGAUGAAGUUUGGGCAAAGUCAAAGUCUGGCUUGGAAAGAAGAUCAAGUCCUUGCCCCAGAUGUCGAGGACAGAGAGACCCUCCUUGCGUUGGCUAAAAUGGCCAACAAUGCUUACGUCGUACCCGAUGAGGGCUCAUGGUACGAUCUAGGCGUAAACUGGACAGUCUCUUAUCCAUUUGGCUGGGAGCCCGACGAUGACGGGUUCAGAGGACAUGUCUUUGCGACGCCUGACAACGAGACCGUAGUGCUAUCCAUCAAGGGAACCUCUGCGGGCGUAUUUGGUGGAGGAGGCCCAACUGUGAAGAAGGAUAAACUGAAUGACAACUUGCUUUUCAGCUGCUGCUGCGCUCGGAUCGACUGGACGUGGACUACCGUCUGCGGUUGUUAUCGUGGCGGAUGGAAGUGUGACCAGGACUGCGUUGAGGAGGCGCUCAUAGAAGAAAGUCUCUUCUACCCUGUUGGGACGAACUUGUACAAUAACCUCUCGUACAUGUAUCCAGAUUCAAACAUUUGGAUCAUCGGACAUUCUUUGGGUGGGGCUUUGGCAAGUCUGGUCGGUGUUACUUUCGGCGCCCCAGUUAUCGCAUUUGAAUCUCCAGGAGAGAAAAUGGCCGCGUCUCGACUUCAUCUUCCGUCACCGCCUUCCACGCAACACAUUACACACGUUUACCACACGGCCGAUCCCAUUGCAAUGGGAACAUGCAACGGCAUUCUCUCGUCUUGUGCCCUUGGUGGAUACGCCAUGGAGUCUCGAUGCCAUCUGGGCGAAUCCAUUGUCUAUGAUACAGUCUCGAACCUUUCAUGGACUGUCGAUGUACGGACACACGGUAUUGUCACCGUGAUUGAGAAAGUUCUUACAGAUCCUUGGCCUCCCAGCGUUGAUAUGGGACGACAAGUGCCCGAGGCUGCUCCAGAAGAAGAUUGUGUGGAAUGUUAUAGUUGGGAAUAUGGAAACUUUGAUUAGAGGCAAUCUGCCAGGCCCUAGAACAUGACAUGGUUGCGAUGAGAUGAUAUAGAUACGCGUGUUGUACUUUAUACACGCUUGGAACCUCGGUUAAUACCUUAUUGUAAUUACUUGCCUUGUUGCGCCGUAGUACUCAAGUAACUUUACGAAUCGUUGAGUGGCAGUGCUAACUUGUUUGCCA